UCGUUCGAAAUCGAAAUCAAUUCAUUACAAUAUAAGAAAGCCAAACCGUGCGGAAGAAGAAGAAGAACCAACAACAAACAAACCAAAAAAACGAAAAAACAACAACGAGAUAUGUGAAAUAUUCUGUUUCAGUGGCAACCGUAACAGGAAACCAAAUCGUUAACGUUAGAUUCUCCACUUUUGCCACGGUUUGCCAAAGUUUUACCAACGGAAAAUUGAUGUCUUCUUCCGGUUUCCAUUUUUAAGUGCGGAUGUAAACGUUCUUGCGCUCAUUUGUUGUUCAAUUCCUGGUACCGCAACAAAAAAAAAAAAAUACUUAAUGUAAUGCAAAUUAUUUCCCUGAAAUCCGGUUCUUGUCGUGUUUAAUGCUUUUCUUAGUUCACAAAAAUAAAAAAAAAUGUUGACCGGAAACCGGAAAUUUUAAGUGAGAAUUUUCCGCAGCAAUGUGUUCAUGAAAUUUACUCCAACUCAGUUAAAUAUUUUGUGAUAAACCCAAUAACAACAACAACAACAACAAUGGCAUCUAAUACCACCAAACACAAACCAUGAUAUCCACGAGUAUUAGAGCGAUGAUGAAUGAGAGAAAGAGAGGAACGCAAAAGGAAAAUAAAAUUUAUGGCCAAAUCAAAGAGAUAAUCUUCGACACAAAUCCAAUAAAUUAAGUUAUUAAAGCAAAAGUAAAGUAAAAUAAUAAUAAUAAAAUUGGUUAUAAUACAAACAAACAAACAAACCGAAUACAUGUGACAGAGCAAUAACAACAUCAACAUCAAUCGACAGCAGCAACAACAAAAGAAUAUCAACAACAUGGCUUGCUUUACACGUUUCUUCCCAUCGAGACAGAAACAAAGUUUCACACCAGAUAAAGACGAAAACAAGGAUACAAUUUUGAAUACCAGAGAGAGUACAGUGCAAAUCGGCCGCUAUAUAAGACGGGAUGAAUCAACAUUUUUCACAUCCAAAUCCACAGAGAGUUUAAGACCCCCACGUCAAAGGCAAAGUAUUCUAAAUCAUGCUGCAACAACACCACCAGCUAAUGUGGCAAAUAAUCAAAAUAGUUUUGCACCAAAAGUUGCCACAACAGUGGCCGCAAGUAAUGGGACGACAUCCAGUCAAAAUGCCAUUGUCAAUAGGAGCAAUAAAAAAUUCAUAACAUCCAAUAAAGUGCGGAACACUACAAAUGGCAGCCCCUCCACGGCGACGGGAGCGGCGACAAACGGCAAUGCCACCGCAAACAAAGUGAAUGGAAACGUUCAGGCUAAACACCAUCUGCAUCAGCAACAUCCUCAGGUUGCAUCUAAAUUGAAACCAGUUAAAGAGAGAAGGCCAACGGCUUUGCCAACCCAACAGCCGAAAAUUGAAAAUGACAAUGAACUGCAGGGGGAAGAGGAGGACGUGGGAGGCCACAAUCAUAUUGGGGCCGAUCAUGGCCAGCAGCAGCAGCAGCAGCAGCAGCAGCAGGGAACACGAAUGCCUGGUGUAGGCCAACCAGCCAAAUUUUUCAUAGGAAACGGCAAGGAGGACGAUGAAGAUGACUACAGCCAUGAACUGGAUGAGGUUGACUACGAUGCCGAUGUAGAUAAUGCAGAUGUUGUGGUGGUAAAUGCAAGCGCUUCAUCAUUCAACCAUAAACAACAGCCGUCUGCAAAUGUUGUGGAUGUUGCCGGAAAGCAAACAUCAUCGUUGGUAUCUUCGGCCUCAACAUUAAACAGCAGAUCAUCGUCCUCAGCUCUGGCAAAUUCACUUACAAGCUCAGCUUCAACCACAACCGCAUCCAAGUUACGCAUCAAGCUACCCAGUAACACCAGCAAUAAACUAAGAAAAUUUGCUCGUUCCGACACGAAUAGCUCCCUGACACUGUCGCAGCGUGAGGAGGAGGAGAAAGUGCACAUACCACCGCCACCCCCGUUGCCGCCCACGCCUCUGUGCACGGCCGCAUCGCCCUCUUUGUCUUUGAUAUCGAAAAGCAAACGUAAUUCAAAUUUCCCUGAAUUUCCACAGAGCCAGCCGGGCGCUGGCGGCAAUGACACAACAGCAUUGGAUUCCACAUUUACAAGUUUAACGGAAACGGAUGUGAAAACACAAGAUUCUUCAUCAGCAGCCACAGCCAGGACGACAGCGACAACGACAUCUACGCAUCAAAACGGAUAUGCCAAGACAAGAUUAAAUGUUGAAUUGCCAGAUAAGAAAAUGACUCUGCACGAAGCUCUGCAAAGUCAAUAUGAGGAUGAUGAUGAUGAGGUGGAUGGUGCCUAUGCAGAUGCCAAUUUGGAUGCUGGCACUAAUUUAACAGCCAGUGAUAUUCGAGAUUCAGGUGUUCAAAUUGAGGAAUCAACAGCCUCGCCCAAGGAAAGUGACAGCAGCGAUGAAGGUCCCAAAUAUCAUCGUGUUGAUGGUGGUCUAAUAUUUUCACGUCCUCAUUUGUCCAACAAGAAGGACAUAAAAAUCGAGUAUAUCGCAAAAGAUGAAAAAACCCGUAAUCUCAUACGCAAUGCAAUUGAGAAAAAUGAUUUUCUCAACAAUUACAUGGAUAAGGAACGCAAAGAGAUGGUCAUCGAUGCCAUGGAAAUGCUGCAUUUCCAAGCCAAUGAUUAUAUCAUCAAUGAAAACGAUGAAGGUUCGGAAAUUUAUGUUUCCGAAGAUGGUAAAUUUGAUGUCAUAAAACAGGGCAAUGUAAUUGGACAAUUUGGUGGUGAGACGGUGUUUGGUGAACUGGCCAUAUUGUAUAAUGCCAAACGAUUCGCUUCGAUUCGAGCCGUGACAAAUGCCAAGGUGUGGAAAAUUGAUCGUGAUAAAUUCCGUCAAAUUAUGGUAAUAUCCGGAUCCAAAGAGCGUGAGGAAAAUUUGAAUUUCCUAAGGUCGGCGCCGUUUUUGAAUGAUUUGUCCGAGGAUGUUCUCAAUAAGGUGGUGGAUUUGCUGCAAAGGAAAUUCUAUGCCACAAAUACUUGCAUUGUGAGAGAGGGUGAUAUUGGCAAUGAGUUCUUUAUUAUACGAGGUGGCACUGUAACCAUUAAGAAAUUAAAUGAGAGCGGUGAAGAGCGAGUCGUGGAUAACCGCAAGAGAGGAGACUACUUUGGUGAGCAGGCCUUGCUAAAUGCUGAUUGCCGGCAAGCCAGUGUUUAUGCCGAUGCUCCGGGUACAGAAGUGCUAAAACUGGAUAGAGAAGCAUUUAUCAGCUAUCUGGGCACCAUACCGCAACUGCGAGAACUGCCAGUGGAACGCUCAGAUCCCGAGGGCCGUGAUAGCAAUCGUAAAUCUGAAUUCGAUAAUGAAUAUGCAAAUAUCGAGUUAACAGAUUUAAAGAAAAUUGCCACUUUGGGUGCCGGUGCCUUUGGCAAAGUCGAUUUGGUGUCGUACGAUAAGAAAACGAUAUUCGCUUUGAAGAUUGUUAAGAAAAUUGAUAUUGUCAAGCAGGAUCAAAUUGAACAUAUCUACAGUGAGAAACAUGUUAUGAUGAAAUGUAGGAGCUCUCCAUUUAUCAUAGAACUCUACAAAACGUUCCGCAACGAUAAAUUUGUCUACUUCCUGAUGGAGGCAUGCAUGGGCGGUGAUGUUUGGACAGUAAUGUCUCAACGGCGUUUCUUCGAUGAGAAGACGGCACGAUUUAUCGCUGGCUGUGUUGUGGAAGCUUUCGAUUUUCUACACUCACAUAAUAUUAUCUACAGAGACUUGAAACCGGAGAAUUUAAUGUUAACCACCGAUGGAUAUUGCAAGCUGGUUGAUUUUGGUUUUGCAAAACAUAUACCAGCCAAUCAAAAGACACACACUUUCGCCGGUACGCCCGAAUAUGUGGCACCGGAAAUUAUACUCGACAGAGGUCACGAUCGUUCGGUGGACUAUUGGGCCUUGGGAAUAUUGAUAUUUGAGCUGUUGGUGGGGAAGACACCGUUCCGUGGACAGAAUCAAAUAAAAAUCUAUCAACAGAUUUUGGGUGGCAUUGAUGUGGUGCAAAUGCCAUCGAAAAUACCGAAAUCGGCACAAAAUCUAAUACGAGCCUUGUGCAAACAGCUGCCGGCCGAGAGAUUGGGCUAUCAGCGGAAGGGCAUUUUGGAUAUUAAAAGGCAUAGUUGGUUUGAUGGCCUGGAUUGGCAGAAAUUGCGAAACAAACAGCUGUCUUCGCCCAUAAAACGACCCAUUAAUCAUCUGACAGAUCUGCAACACUUUGGACCAUCCGGUGUGGAAAACGAAGCAGAUCCACCACCUGAAACCAGCGGCUGGGAUAUUGAUUUUUAAGACAAUAUUUUUACAAUAUUAUUGUUAAUGUUUAAGUACAAUUGUUAUUAUUUUUUCUUAGAAUUAAAACUGAACUAAAAUAAUUUAUCUUAGCCCUAACGAUGAGAGACAAUAAUUAAUUAUUUUGUAAAUUAUAAUAAACAUAUAUAUUUUGUAAUUUAAUUUUAUAUAAACUAUUUAAAUAUAAGAUAAUUUAAGCUUUAAGAUAAACAGCCACACAGUUUUGUUUUGUUGCAUUUCAAUUAAACAAGCGGUUAAGUAUGAUGUAAACAGUGUAAAAAGUCAUAGAAAUUAUGUGCGUGGCAAUCAAUCUUGUGGAUGCGUGUUGGCCUUGACUGGUGUGUGUACGAGUAUGUAUGUAUGUGUUCGCGAAAUCAUUUACAGCGGAAAAUCAGCAACAUCCGUUUUCCUCUAUUUUUGACAUGGAAACACAUCAG